GUGUAUGUGUUUAUACAUUAUACAACUACAUUAUUAUAAUCGACUUUGACGAGAUAUGUUACUACAUGUUGCGUUGAAUUUUAGCUAACCUGAUUUUCAUGAUUACCGGUUGUUUCAGACGAUGAUUGUUAUUUGAUCUUAACGACUUUGUUGGUCCCUCUCCCUUUAUGUCUCCUCUACCGCUACCAUUACUUGAAUUAUCGAGGACAGCUGAACAAAUAUCUUACUAUUAUAUCACAAUUUGUUAUGUAUAACCCGUGAGAUUUAAGUUUUCUGCUGGAGAUGGGGGAAACCGGUGGUAGUGGAGGAGGGGGGACGCGAUCAGGGGACGGUGGUUCCCGCCAUGGCGAGAAGAUUUUUGUGUCUGUGCGGCUGCGACCUUUGAAUGGAAGAGAGAUUGUUACGAACGAUGUGUCUGAUUGGGAAUGCGUCGCUGAAAACACCAUCGUUUACAAGAAUGGGAACCUUAGUGUCCCUGAGAGAUCCAUGUACCCCUCUGCAUAUACAUUUGACAGGGUUUUUGGUUGUGAUUGCUCCACAAGGCAGGUAUACCAGGAUGCAGCAAAGGAAGUUGUGCUAUCAGUUGUUGGUGGUAUCAAUGCAAGUAUUUUCGCAUAUGGGCAAACAAGCAGUGGGAAGACAUUCACAAUGACUGGAAUCACAGAGUACACUUUAGCAGACAUAUAUGACUAUGUACAAAAGCACCCAGAUAGGGACUUUCAUCUGAAAUUCUCUGCCAUGGAAAUAUACAAUGAAUCUGUCAAAGAUCUCCUUAGCAGUGAUGGCUAUCCACUCAGACUUUUAGAUGAUCCAGAGAGAGGAACAAUCGUUGAGAAUCUAACAGAUGAAAGUGUUAGGGACUGGGAUCAUAUGAUGGAGCUCCUUUCUAUCUGUGAAGCUCAGAGACAGAUUGGAGAGACAUCACUCAAUGAAACAAGCUCUAGAUCUCACCAAAUCAUCAGACUGACAAUUGAAAGUACACCCUCCAACUAUCUAGGGAGAGACAGUGCAAGUACACUUGUUUCUACAGUGAACUUUGUUGAUCUUGCUGGAAGUGAGCGUGCAUCCCAGUCAUUGACAGCUGGCACUAGGUUAAAAGAAGGAUGCCAUAUAAAUCGCAGUCUUUUAACACUAGGAACUGUGAUUCGAAAGCUAAGUAAAGGAAGAAGUGGACACAUACCCUUCAGAGAUUCAAAGCUAACUCGCAUACUGCAAUCAUCUUUAGGAGGUAAUUCAAGAACAGCAAUCAUCUGUACUAUGAGUCCUGCAAGAAGUCAUGUUGAACAAUCAAGAAACACACUUUUGUUUGCAAGUUGUGCAAAGGAAGUAAGUACAAAUGCCCAGGUCAAUACGGUAAUUUCAGACAAAGCUUUAGUGAAGCAUCUUCAAAGAGAAUUAGAUAGAUUGGAAAGUGAGUUAAGAACUCCAGGGUCUAAUCGUUUCACAUCAGAUACCACUACCAAAUUGUUAAAGGAAAAAGACCAUCAACUUGAAAAGAUGCAGAAGCAGAUUGAUGAAUUAACAGCUGAAAGAGACGAUGCACGAUCACAUGUUCAAGAUUUACUACGUGUGGUUGAAAGUAAUGGAAGUUCAUUGACACGGUUGGGUUCAGAUGAAUACCCUCACCUACGAGUGCAAGUAACACCUGAAGUUGAAACUUACAUGAUGCCAGAAACAUCAAUUGUGGUGGACCCACGUCACUCAUUUGAUGGAAGCAUUAGAACCCUUGGAUCAAGUCGAUAUUCUCCAAGGCGUAGUGAAAGUAGUUUUGAAGAAAAUUACAUCCGAGUUACUGAAUUUGAGCCUGAUCAUACUCCAAUAAGACCCAUGAUCAGAAUUGCACAAAGUGAAACUGAAUCAUGUCUUGAUUGGGAUGAAGUUGAUGACAAAAGUAAUGCAACUCCACAAGUGUUAUGCAAAGUAGUUCGUUGCAUUGAAAGAGAGGACUCCAUUCAAAAUGUAGACUCAUAUUGUUCAUCUCCUGAUGUGAAAAUUAGGAUCCCAAAUCAUGAAACAUUUCAUGAUGAUCAAAGUGAAAUUGAAAGUCAUGAAGUGAUUAGUUCUAAACCCGAAUAUAUGUCACCUAAUUCGAAUGCGGAUAGAAUUACACAAUCGCCAUUGAAUGAAGACAUAGAAAUGGAGUCACCAUUGAAUGAAGGGAAUGAAGAGAAAGAAGAGAAGGAAGGGGAAGCAAUAUUAAAGGAAGAUGGAGAAUUACAAUCAUACCCUCGUGACAAUGAUGAUUACCAAGAAGAGUUUAUGCAAAGAUUUAAAUUACCAAAGAGUAGAAGUUGGAAUGAGGGUAAUACAAAUACAAAUACAAAUACGCCUCCAAAUUGUUAUGAGCAUGGUUUUCCUAUGAAAAAUCGUACGUUCAACCAUGGUGUAGAAUCUGAAAAGGGUUCUGUUUCUUCUAAAAGGACAAUUAAUGAAGAAGAAAAGAAGAUUGGUGAUGAAGAUGAUUUAUCGUUUAGAUCAGCAACAAAAGGACCUGAUGAGACUCAACAUCAUGAGAAAGUUGAAGAUACCCAAAGUACAAGUAGCAAGAGGUCAAAAAGUGUAAAAAGCAUCGGUUUGGAUCCAAUUGAAGAUUGUUUUAGAAACGGAUCAUGGUCUUCAGAGUUCAAGAGACUACAAAAAGAAAUCAUACAACUUUGGCAUGCUUGUAAUGUGUCCCUGGUUCAUAGAACUUAUUUCUUUUUGCUCUUCAAUGGUGAACCCAAUGACUCCAUUUACAUGGAGGUUGAACACAGACGCUUAGCCUUCCUCAAAGACAUGUUCACUCAUGUUAACCUUGCUGUAGACGAUGGUCGCACCAUCACACGUUCUUCAGCUGAAAAGUCUUUAAGGCGUGAAAGGGAGAUGCUGACUAAGCAAAUGCAGAAGAAAUUAACGGAACAAGAGAGGGAGAGUUUGUUUUUGAGGUGGGGGAUUGCAUUGAAUACAAAGUAUAGAAGGAUUCAAUUGGCUAACAAGUUAUGGACACGGAUUGAUGACAUGGACCAUGUGGCUGAUAGUGCUAUGGUUGUGGCUAAAUUGGUUGGGCUUUUAACGGACCCGGGUCAUGCUCCUAAAGCUAUGUUUGGGUUAAAUUUCGCACCUCAAUCUCAUUCUCAAUCUUCCAAAAAAUCUUUCAGUUUCAAACGUAGCUUGAUUCCACUUUUAUAAGAUCCGAUCGGUAACAAUCUAUGUGAAUUUACACCUAGUAAAUCAUCUUUUUAGGGUAACUUCUUGUAAAUUUCAUCAACAUGAGUAUUGUAUUGUGCAUUGUUUGUUUCUUCCGUUGACUUUUUGACUUAACAAGAAUACUUAAUCA